AUGCAGACACCAUUCCAAAUUCAAUUUCAUCUGAUUCAACGUCAAAUGUUGAAAAACUUUGAGAAGGAACUCAACAAAUCAGAUGUCAUAGAGAUAGUCAACAUCCCAUCUGUCGACAAAGCUCUUGAGAUGAUCUCGUCAAUCUGGUUUAAAUCCGAAUUCAUCGCAAUGGACAACCUGAUUGGUGUAAUCAUGAAGAUCGAGGAAAAAUUCAAUAAUAAUUUAAAUGAAAACUUCAGAAAAUUAAAAUUCAACAAAAAGACAUUAAUCAUGUUCAUCUUUGAGUCAACAUUGGGGAAGUAUAGGAGCGAUAUAUUUUGGAAGAAUGCAGGUUCGGAAAGGGUUUACAAGCUGGAUGACUUUGAGGAUUCUGAUGGAAGUUUGGCUGAAUAUUGCAGGAGGUUUAUUAUGAAGGAGUUGAAGCUUGAGAAGUCUGCUGUUCACAAGAUCUUCCACACCAAAGAAAAGAUAAAAAUUCAGGAGCUAGGCAAUGAAUCAGGUUGCAACCUACUCAUGAUAGCUGUUCAAGAAAACAACUGUGAAAUGGUUCAGAAGCUCCUUGAAUACGGCUUUCAUGUUGACUGUGAAGACACAAAUGGACGUAAUGCUGCAGAAUUUGCAUGGAUCAACUUUACAGAUGAGACUAGCGAUAACGAAGGCAGAAGCAAAGCUAACAAGAUCAUCAUGAGUUUGUUGAGGUUGAAUUCAAGAUUUCCUGCUAAGAAAGUCGGGUUUGAGUACAAGAAAGCAUCGCCAGAGGUCCAAGAGUUCAUCAAUAUGUGUGAAGGUCUGCAUAAGCUACUCGGUGAAAAUAGAUUGAAGGAACUGAAGGAGAAGAUCGACAAUGAACCACACUUGUGCCAUUUUUAUGACAGAAACAAUCAAGGCAUCAUGUUCGACCGUGACGAAACUGGCGAGAUCAAAGCAUUGCAUGAAGACACAAGUCCAUUGUAUGAGGAAAUUGUGACUGACGUUAAUUUGAGUGAAUCACCGACCGCACACUUAUUCAUCCUUAAAUCAAAAACAAAAGUCAAUUUUAAUCCACAACAAUCACAAAAGCAAUGGAUGUGCGUUGAAGAUGCAUUUAAGAUCCUUGAUGAAAUUCCAGAAUGCUCAUUAAUCCUUAAAGUUGCUGCAACAUGGAAGAAACUUAAGAUUUUCUGUGACUUUAAGCAGGAUAUUGGAUUUUAUAAAGAUCAGAUUAAUUCAUUGGUAACAAAAGCAAAUAUGCUGAGUAAUGGAACCAUCUAUAUUGGUGCAAAGAAACUGAUGGACAAUGUGAAGAAGUUUGAAGUCAUUGGAGUGAUGAUUAAGGAGCUGAGUCGACUAGCAUGUAUGAUUACGUUCAUGAAUCAUACAAAUCCAUAUUCAUGCAGUAACUUUUCGUCAUCCAAAAAAAGCUAUAUGGAAAAAGUCAUCACAGAAUGUGAAAAGAACAAAGAAUAUGAGAAACUUAUCAGCAAUGCAUUAAGUGAGCCAAAGGAACUGAUUCAUUCGGAAUUAAUAGCAUGUGUUGUACAGAUAAUGAUGAAGUACCGGAUCUGUGAUGAAGUAACUGACCAAGAAAAUGCUAAGAAGUUAAGGAAGAUGCAGGACAGUGAGAGAAAAUUUAAGGAGCUUUUUAAGUAUCACAAAAACACAUUUGAGCCGAGAAUGGAGGAAACUUUGAAUGUGCUGAAGAUGUUACAUGACACCAGCCGGGUUAUUCACUUUGAGAGCCUCACAAAGUCGAUGAAGGAACGAGUGUCGCAUGGAAAACUGAUACUUCAGGGCGCUGAGACAACAUUUUACAGCCUCCUUGGUAAUGAUGGAAUGAUUCUCAGGCUACUGACAUCCAGUGAAAUCAGAGACUGCCUUAUCAAGAACCAAACCAUAAAAAUCUCAGAUAAAAAACCAACGGACUCAAAAUGUGAAAUUAUAAGAAGGAAGUUCGUUGACUUUAAUGUUGAAAUGGAUGAGAAGGUCCAGGAUGAAGACAUGGGAGUUAAUAAGAAUGUCAAAAACUACAUGCAGAUCAAAAGUGAGACAGAAAGUGAAAAAUUCUUCCUUCUUGCUGAUCAUGAUAAGAAGAUUAGGACAGCGACGUUUGAGGAUCUGGCUGUGAAACUUAAAGAUAGCUAUAAAAGCUUUUGGGUGUCUUACAUCAAAGUUAAAGAUCACAAAGAGAUACUUGAGGAGCAUGUUCGAAAAACCUUGAAACUGACAAUUACGAAUAUUACGGAACUACUACAAAAGAUUCUAAACUUAAGCUCAGAAAUGGAAGUAAAAAUCUUCACAAAAUUAUUUAAUAAUAACAAAGUCAUCCUGCUGCUUGACACUAUCGACGAUGUCAGCCCAAAGAUUUAUGAAUUCUUCAUAAAAAUGCUGAUUCUCCUCAAAAAAGAGCGUACACAUCAACUGUGGAUCUCAAUCCAGCCACAAAAUAUCAAAAGACUUGAAGACAUCUUCGAAGUUAAGGCUUACAAGACAGUCAUCACAAUUUACAGGAAGGAAAAGCGAACAUUUAUCGAGAAGACCUUAAAAAGCUUGAAUUACUGCAACUCAUCGCAGAGGUUCACAAUUGCACAGGAGAUCCUAUCCUUAAUAGACAGAAUUGAGGAAGAUUUAUGUCAUUUGUGUACCAUCGAGAAUCCACAAAUUAUCGAGAACAUCACAGCUUUAUACAUAAGAUCUAAAAUCAAUAUCAACACUAGCCUUUGUGAGAUCUUCGAGCAGGUCGUCGACAGAAUCAGACGAAAGACUGAGAAAAAUUACAAAAGUGAUGAAAAAAAUCCACUGGCUGGUGUCCAAUUGUUAAAGUUCCAUCAAGCAUUUGCCUUAAAAUCAGCAUUUGGGAAUCAUUAUGAUGAAAAGUUUGGAUUUAAGCUUGAGGACCUGUCAAUUGAAGUGAAUUGGGAGAAAGAGAAGCACAAUUACACGACGGAGAGGAUCACAAGAUAUAAAUUCUUAAUGCAAGACCCAGAUCAACGUGAUUCAUUUGAUUUUGCACAUGAAUCAUACAAUCAGUUCUACAUGGCACAGUUCAUAAUAUCAAAUUUAUUCAAUCAAGACUCGACAAUCGUGCCUGAUGAGUUUCCAAAGAUCUUUAAAAUUCUCUCAGUCAUGGAAAUUGAAAGCAAAAAAUUCCAAAUUUCCCGUCUUUUUUUGCUCAAUUUCAUGCGGAAUGAAGUCAAGAGUGACAAGCAAAAGUUGCAUCCAAAAGCUGAAGCUCUGGUCAUAAAGGAGGCUUUGGGGAUUCUCAAAGAAAAGGAGAGCAAGUUGUCGCUUAGAUCACUCGAGUUAUGGUCGAUCUUUCUGAUUAAAAACUCGAUGUUCCUCAAGAUCCUUUGGCAAGUCGAUGAACUAAGCAAUAUGAUCAAGAGGUUCCUUACAACUGACUUGCUGAGCGAUUACAAUGACUUUAAGAAGUUUAUUGAACUCGUUGAGUAUUGUUUCGGUUCCAACUGGCAUGUGAUGUUCAACAAAAGUAAGCAGACGUUGGUUUGCGAUGACGAAGUUGCAAAUUUUAAUGAUAAAUUCGAUAAGAAUUUCCUGAAGCUUCUCAGCUUAGUUGAGGAGAAUAUGAAGAUUGAGGAUGAAAGAUUGGUGUACAAUAAGCUAAUUGAGCUGAAGGUCUUCAAGUUUGUCGAUGUAAAAAUCUUGAACAGAGUUUUUAAAAGGAUUUUUGACAUCUUUAAAUCAAACAAGCAAGGUUUGAUCGAUAAAACCAUCAAAUUUGUGGAAUUCUACGCAUCAAAGACUUCAAAUGAGGAAGGGCUGAUGUAUUUUGGGUCGGUAUUUCAGGAACUCUUGGAUUACGACAAGGACAUCAUCAGGGAGGUUCUAUUCUACAAACAUCGAUCAGAUUUACAUCCUCUGGUUCAUGCAAUCAGGUCGACAGACGUAAACUUGUUCAGAAUGUACAAAAACCUCUACAUAACCUACAAGGACUCAUGGACUGAGCUGGAAGACAUAAUAAUUCUAUAUUCAGUCAUCUUCAAGUACAUUUCAUUCAUCCACGAUCCAGUCUAUCCAGAAUUUGAGAUGUUUGUAAAGGAAAUAUUUUCAGACAACAAGAAUCGUCUGAAGGAGUUCAUCCAGGACUACUUUGGGGUUGCCAAGAAAAUCUUAGUUCGUAAGAACAUUUUGAAGAGUUUGAUGAAGCUGAUAAGUUAUGUCUUUAGCGAGGAUGAGAUGGAAAAUCUUGAGAUGUCAACAAAAUUUACGACUUUUAGUGAUUUUAUUAUUCUUUUUGUGUCUAUAAAGUGUCAAGACCAAUGUGGAAUUUCUGGAACCGAUUCUGGACGUCCUACAGGUCUGAUUUUUAAUGGAGAAUCAGCUAAAGAUAGUCAGUGGCCAUGGGCAGUUGCGCUGUUCCUUAAUGAUGGAAAAUAUCGAAAUUACUUCUGUUCUGGGACGUUGAUAAGUGAUCGGUUUGUGCUUACUGCCGCUCACUGCAUCCAAAAUAAAGGAAAUGCGAGAUUCGAGGCAAACCGAAUAUCCAUUACUCUUGGAACAGCUGAUUCGUCAAACAAUCAAGGCGUCAUUCGAAAUGCUGUUGAAACUAAGAUUCAUCCUGACUGGGAUUCGACGGAUGGGACACAAUUUGAUGCUGACUUGUCAAUUAUCAAGCUUGACAAGCCAGUUCAAUUUUCAGACAAAAUUCGACCAAUUUGCAUGCCAAAAUCUCACGAGAAAGUGUUUGAGAUUGAAGGCUUUGUAGCUGGUUAUGGAGUAUCGAAUGGUGAUGUUCUGGAUGGUAAGUUGAGGUUCUUGAAGAUUCCGACUGUGACACAGGAGAACUGCUUAUGGCAUCCAAGUGGAUUCUCAACAACUGCUUCAAAAAGGACCUUCUGUGGUGGUGAUUUGACAAAAAGUGCUUGCAAAGGAGACAGUGGAGCUGGAUUUGUUGUUAAGUCUUUUAAAUCAACUUAUGAGAUUAUUGGAAUCGUGUCAGCUGCCAUUUUGGCACGUGAUGAAAAUUGUAGAGCUAAUAGUUAUGCUGUAUUUACGAGUGUCCCUUUGUUUGUCGAUUGGAUCUUGAGAGAAAUUGGACGUGAACAGGAAAUAAGCAAUGAAGUCUGGAAUGCUUACAACCCAUCCACAGCUUACAUACCUCCAAACUCUGUGUAUCUUGAUGAAGGAACAGUUAGAGCUUAUGUAGCGAGACGUAAGACAAAUGGAAAUCUAAUUAUUGGAAAGUUUCUUCCUGAUUGGAACUCCAUUUUCUUGCCUUACUUCCGAGCAGAGCUACAGUUCUGGGAUGACAUUGAAAUUUUAGCAACAAAUAAAAAACACCAAUGGAUUCCAUUUACUGGAACAUUUCCUCAAAAUGCAGUUCAGGGUGGAUAUGAAGGAACCGCUAAACUCUUUGUGGGACGUAAACUGAUCGAUGGCAAUCAGAUUAUUGGAAAAGUUGUGGAUUUAUCAAAGAAAAUCUACGUUCCACAUUUCUCAAAGGAGCAUGAAUUUCAAGACAAUUUUGAUAUUUUGGUAUUGAGUGACGAUGGCUGGACCUCAUUUAAUAUAACCACGGACAGGAUACCAUCAGAUGCCAUUUCAAUGAACGAAGGUGAUGUUCAGACUUAUGUAGCAAGGAGAAAGAUAGGAAACAACUUAGUUAUUGGAAAAUACAUCCCAAUGUGGAGUUUAGUGUAUGUCACUUACAAUGGAGAGGAACAAAGAUUUGGUGACGGAAUUGAGCUAAUGACAACAAAUAAGCCUCAUAAAUGGAUUCCAUUCACAGGAACAUUUCCAUCUAAUGCAGUCCAAGGUGGAUAUGAAGUUAGAUCGAAGCUUUAUGUUGGUCGAGUUAUGCAUCAAGGCAGAUAUAUAAUUGGAAAAGUUGUGGACACAACGAGGACCAUUUCUGUUGGAUUUUUUGAUAAAGAAUUUAAAUAUAAAAAUUCAUUUGAAAUUUUGGUUCUUGAAAAUUGAAAAAAAAAAUAAAGUCACAACUUUGAGAACUGAAAA